CAGUUGUAAAUUAUAAGCUCCAAACUUACACGGAACCAAAAAUCUCAAAAAGGUACACAAAUGGAAUCGGUGAGUGAUCUAACACACCAUAGAAUCAAAACCAACGGAAUAUAUCUCCACGUGGCAGAGAAAAAAGGCCCAGGACCAUUCCUCCUUCUGCUCCAUGGGUUCCCAUACACAUGGUUUUCAUGGCACCAUCAGAUUCGUCACCUGGCUACCCAUGGCUACCAUGUGGUUGCACCUGACCUCCGUGGCUAUGGUGAUUCUGACUCACCCCCAUCCCCCUCUUCCUACACUAUGUUUCACAUAGUUGCAGAUCUCAUUGGCCUUCUUGAUCACUUCAAUCAGCAACAGGUGUUUGUGGUGGGACAUGACUGGGGUGCAACAGCUGCCUGGCAUCUUAGCUUAUUCAGACCUGAUAGAAUCAAAGGAAUGGUUGCUAUGUGUGUUCCAUUCUUUCCUAGAGACCCACACACCAAGCCUACUCAUUUUUUCAAGCAAUCAUUUGGAGAUAAUUUAUAUGUCUCCCAGUUCCAGGAACCAGGAAGAGCAGAGAGAGCUUUUGCAAAAUAUGAUUGCCUGACAGUGAUUAAAAAGUUCUUGCUGAUUGAUAAAACCGACGUAAUGAUAGCACCGCCCGGCAUGGAGAUCAUUGAUGAUCUAGAAAUACCGUCGCAGUUACCGCCAUGGAUUACUGAAGAGGAGCUCCAGAUAUAUGCAGAUAAGUUUCAGGAGUCGGGAUUCACGGGUGGUUUAAAUUACUACCGCGCUAUGGACCUGACAUGGGAGCUGCUAGCACCAUGGCAAGGGUCAAAGAUAACAGUUCCAUCAAAGUUCAUUAUCGGAGAUAAAGAUAUCGGGUAUAAAACCUUUUCAAAGCCAUACAUCGAGGGAAACGUUAUGAAGACGCUAGUUCCUGAUAUCGAAGUUGUCAUAGUUGACGGUGGCCACCAUUUUAUCCAGCACGAGAAACCUCAAGAAGUCUGUGAUGAGAUCAUAUCCUUUAUUCAGAAAGUAGCCAAAAACUAGGAUCACAGGGUCUGUUUAUUUAUGUAUCAAAACUAGCACAAAUAAGUUAAUGUAUUGAGACCAUUAGACCAAUUUUGCUUUC